AUGAAUGAUUCAGUUACACAGAAUUGUUUCGUAUCAUAUUUAGGUACUACGGGGUCAUCUAACAGUGAUGGAACUGCCGCUGAGUCAACUAUCGUUGAUAAAAAUAAGUCCAAAAUUAGCUUGUUAUGUAAAAAACUGUCGUUUGAAAUUAAAUAUUUACUCAUUUCGUAUCAUUUAAUGAAUGAUUCAGUUACACAGAAUUGUUUCGUAUCAUAUUUAGGUACUACGGGGUCAUCUAACAGUGAUGGAACUAUCACUGAUGAACCUUACUAUAUGCGGACUACUACUGAAUCACCUAUAAUUGAUAGAAGUAAGUUAGAAUAUAUUCAUAAUAUAUCAAUAUGUUUUAUACGUCAAGAAAAUGAUACUGAUUGUCAACCAAUUUUUAAUUGA